AGGUGGAGCAGCAAGAAACUCUCUCAUUUUAAAGAGGGAUAUUUGAAAUAAAGCAGGCAACUGUUGUCCAGGCCUGGUUUGGAAUGAGUCUAAAGGCAAAGCCUGAGAACAAACUCUGGGCAGUUAAACAGAUGUGUUCCAAGGAAUUGAUUCCCUGUUGGGAUGAGAAGUGAAGGGUGGUCCCAUGGGAAUGCAGCUCCUGAGGAAGGGAGCAGGGAUAACCAGGAGCAGUUCAGGGAGACAGGGAAAGGGGUUCGGUGUUACACAGCUUGCUGAAAGCUCGGAAUUCACUGCUUUUACAGAAUUCCUGUAAUCCCAUUGAAGCUGCAGCUCAUCCUCUCUCCUUGGAGAUGCACCUGGCACUGGGAUUACCCCACUGCCACGGUUAUGGGAGCAGUUAUGGGUCCAGUUAUGGGAGCAGUUGUGGGAGCAGUUAUGGACAGAGAGUUAUGGACAGAGCAGUUAUGGACAGAGCAGUUAUGGACAGAGCAGUUAUGGACAGAGCAGUUAUGGGAGCAGUUAUGGACAGUUAUGGACAGUUAUGGACAGAGCAGUUAUGGGACCAGUUAUGGACAGAGCAGUUAUGGACAGAGCAGUUAUGGGUCCAGUUAUGGACAGAGCAGUUAUGGACAGAGAGUUAUGGACAGAGCAGUUAUGGGACCAGUUAUGGGUCCAGUUAUGGACAGAGCAGUUAUGGACAGAGCAGUUAUGGGACCAGUUAUGGACAGAGCAGUUAUGGACAGAGCAGUUAUGGGACCAGUUAUGGGAGCAGUUAUGGACAGAGCAGUUAUGGACAGAGCAGUUAUGGGACCAGUUAUGGGACCAGUUAUGGGAGCAGUUAUGGACAGAGCAGUUAUGGGAGCAGUUAUGGACAGUUAUGGACAGAGCAGUUAUGGACAGAGCAGUUAUGGACAGAGCAGUUAUGGGUCCAGUUAUGGGUCCAGUUAUGGACAGAGAGUUAUGGACAGAGCAGUUACGGGUCCAAUUAUGGGGCCAGUUAUGGGCAGUUAUGGACAGAGCAGUUAUGGGUCCAGUUAUGGGUCCAGUUAUGGGUCCAGUUAUGGACAGAGCAGUUAUGGACAGAGCAGUUAUGGGUCCAGUUAUGGGUCCAGUUAUGGACAGUUAUGGACAGAGCAGUUAUGGGUCCAGUUAUGGGUCCAGUUAUGGACAGAGAGUUAUGGACAGAGCAGUUACGGGUCCAGUUAUGGACAGAGCAGUUAUGGGACCAGUUAUGGACAGAGCAGUUAUGGGACCAGUUAUGGACAGAGCAGUUAUGGGUCCAGUUAUGGGUCCAGUUAUGGACAGAGCAGUUAUGGGUCCAGUUAUGGGACCAGUUAUGGACAGAGCAGUUUUGGACAGAGCAGUUAUGGGACCAGUUAUGGACAGAGCAGUUAUGGGAGCAGUUAUGGACAGAGCAGUUAUGGGACCAGUUAUGGACAGUUAUGGACAGUUAUGGACAGAGCAGUUAUGGACAGAGCAGUUAUGGGUCCAGUUAUGGGUCCAGUUAUGGGUCCAGUUAUGGAUAGAGCAGUUGUGGACAGUUAUGGGUCCAGUUAUGGGACCAGUUAUGGACAGUUAUGGACAGAGCAGUUAUGGACAGAGCAGUUAUGGGUCCAGUUAUGGGACCAGUUAUGGACAGUUAUGGACAGAGCAGUGCCCCAGGGGAUCCCAGUGCUCCUGGCAUUUUCCCCAUCCCAGGAAUUCCUUGGGAUCCAAGGCAGCACCUCUGCCCUUCCCAUCCUGGGGUUUUUCCUGGGCCUCAGAGACAUCAGAAACUUGAUAAGGCAAAGAAAGUUCUAGAAGAGAGUCAGAGUUGAAUUGAACAGAAAUUAUUCAGUUCCACACAUAAUUAAUA